AUGUAUUUCAGUGAUGAUAGAGCCAUUGCUGGAGCUAUUGACCCAUUCGCAGACGAACGACGCAAGACCGAAGAAGACAUGGAGGAUGCCGAAGACUCCUUUAAGACCAAUGAAGAUCUUAAAGCAACGAUUCUUACCCGCAGCACUCAGCUUGCAACCCGCCGAGGAUCACGGUCUAUCUCAACCGAUGAUCUCAUUUUCUUAAUCCGUCACGACAAGGCCAAGGUUUCCCGUCUGCGAACUUUCUUGUCCUGGAAAGAUGUCCGGAAGAACGUCAAGGAUUCCGACGACAAGGGUGGAGCGGAUGCCGCUGAUUUUGCUGGGGCCGAUGACGCCGCUGGUAUGGCCGCAGGUCCCCAAGAUGUCGCCAACAAGCCGAAGAACAAGCGGGCGAAGAUCCCGGAGCGCGACGACGAAGAAGAUGAAGAGGAGGAGGAGCAGAACUACGCAACCCUUCAGCGCCUCGCUGCCGCCGACGAACGUACCAAGCACAUGACCAGGGAGGAGUACGUUUUCUGGUCCGAAUGUCGCCAAGCUUCGUUCACCUACCGGAAGAGUAAGCGGUUUCGCGAGUGGGCUGGCUUCGGAAUCGUCACUGAGUCCAAGCCUAACGAUGAUAUCGUCGAUAUACUCGGCUUCUUGACCUUUGAGAUUGUCCAAACUCUUACAGAGGAGGCGCUCAAGGUCAAGGAGCGCGAGGAUCACGAGAAGAAUCGUGGUGGCGCGGAUACUCCUGGUGAGAGCGCAAAGAAGCGCAAGCGUGAGACUGGUCUGUUCGACCCGCCGGAGGAGGGCAGAACUCCUAUCGAGCCCCGUCACAUCCGAGAGGCCUACCGAAAGCUACAGGCCACCCCCCAGCAGGCAGUGGCCAUGCUGCUGCAUAACGGGCGAGUGCCGUCUCGCAGCAACCUGCGCUUGGUUAGUAUCUCUCAUUCUAUUCCCUGCUUUUUCGGUUAUAUGUUGCUAACUUUGCUUUCAGAUCUAAUUCACUUACCGUAG